GGACGUGAAACAUUGCACAUACACUGAGACUGGGGCUGCACAUGGGCGGCAUAGGUGCCAAUCUUUACCUCAGUAUGUUGAAUGGGACUGAUACGCAAACUUUCGGAAAAGACACCGAUAUCAACAAUCACCUUCAACGCAGCAAGGAUUUAGGGGAGUUGAAAAUGGGGAUUCAGGACACCAGGUUAUAUUACCCAGACUCAAUUCAAAAUGGACAAGACGGGUUGGCACUGCCGUACCACUCAGACCAAACUGUGGCCGGAUUCGGAGCACAACCCGGGAUGUUUUACUCACCAACUCCCCUCAAUAGCUGCCACUUCAGCAGUGUCAGGUCGCCGACUAGAAACGGGAUGGGACAGACUUAUUUACCGACGGGAGGCGAAGGUUUUUCGACAGCAAGCAAAGACGUUUACCCUGCCUCUCUGGAGAGUUAUUCCGCGCCCUUUCAACACGGGUACCAUCGCACGCCACUCUACCCAUUACCUGGGCUACAGGUGUGCGGGAAGACGCAGGCUCUCCUCAACAACUAUCCUCUGUGGGCUAAAUUCCACAAAUACCAAACGGAAAUGAUCAUAACGAAACAGGGACGGUGAGUAAAAUUGCCAAUUCCCUCAUAGGGAAACGUAUUUAGAUGUUUACAUUUUAGUCAUUUAGCAGACACUCUUAUCCAGAGCGACUUACAGUUAGUGAGUGCAUACAUUUUCAUACUGGCCCCCCGUGGGAAACGAACCCACAACCCUGGCGUUGCAAGCGCCAUGCUCUACCAACUGAGCUACAGGGGACUACAUUGCCUGUUUAUUAUAAGCCUAUAACAUCUUAUUUAGACACCAAAUGACAAGACACUGGGCACAGACGUAAGUUCAAAAUGUAUUUUUUGGUUGUGUUUUCAACUAACGUGAAUUCAACGUGAAAUCAACAAAAAAAAUGUCGCCAUGACAUUGGAUUGAAGUUAAAAGUUGGUAAAAAAAAUAAAGAAAUCACUGAUGACUUUUUGCAAAUCCAAUCAGUUUUCCAUGUUUAUUCAACAUCAUCACAUGUAUUUUUUGGGGUUGAAAGGACGUGGAAACAACAUUAAUUCAACCAGUUUUUGCCCAGUGGGAAAUGAGCACAAUGUGUUGGUUCCAUAUGUAGGCCUAGGUCAGUGAGCGCUGAAAGGUUUUGACAGGUGACAAGGCAUGAGCACCUGUGGGCUAAUCAUUGGUGAGAAGUUCAGGGAAAGUUGUUCCUUAGUGCAUUGCUCUUGUUUUCCUCAAAGUCAUUCCUAAACAAUGUAUGUGUAGGCUACAUAAUGUUGGCCUUAUCAAUGUGUGCCAAACUGCCAAAGCCGAGUCUGUCACACGAAAAUGAAUUGGGCCUAUAAGAAUUCAUCCAGACAGGACAUGAGGAUAUUGACCCGCUACAGACUAACAAAGUGCUCCAAAAUAUGUAGGCCUAUUUAUGAGAUAUUCAUGCACAAAACAUAAACAUUUACAUGUUAAACUCGCUGGCAAGAAUGGUUUUGCUAUUUGCCCAUAAUGAAAUCUGCAUGAUAUUUAAGCUAAAUUUAAAAUAAACUAACUCCAGCAUAUUUUAAUUUCUUUUAUAUCAUAAUUGAUAUAACUUGUGCAACUUAUCAUGAAAAUAAUAGGCAAAGCAAUCCAAGUUAAAAUAAAAAAUAAAAUAAAUUGGUCAUUUAGCAGACGCUCUUAUCCAGAGCGACUUACAGGAGCAAUUAGGGUUAAGUGCCUUGCUCAAGGGCACAUCGACAGAUUUUUCACAUAGUCGGCUCGGGGAUUAGAACCAGAGACCUUUCGGUUACUGGCACAACGCUCUUAACCACUAAGCUACCUGCCGCCCAAAGUUCUCAUGCUUCGGUUUGAGUCCAAUGUCCGAUGAUGACGAGCAUAAAUACUAGCCACUAUAUCAUGGAAAUAUUGUUGCUGGAAUACAUUAUGACACUUCAGCUUGACCCCCUGAAGUGCAUGCAGAGUGUAUCACCACGCUGGCAUAAGCGACGGUCUCUAAUUUAACAAUUUUCCUAUUUGUUUAAAAUGCAAUUUUGUACUGCUACAAUGGUAAAUAUUCAAAUAAAAGCUUAUUCCAAAUUAAAAGAGCACCCCCCACUUCUCUGUCAUGGUUUAAAUCAGUGACAGUUGGUUCAGGUUCUUUCAAUCGCAUUCAUCUCUCUACUCAUCUAAUCAUUACUAUCAUGAUUGUGUAGGCCUAUGUUGGUGCUUGCCUCUGUGUUUGUCCGUUUUUGAUAUAACCUCUCCUGGCAGAUAACCCUGUGGAAAAUGACAGUCUGGUCAUGGUCAUCUCGGCUCAUAUAAUUAAAGUAAUUAAUGCAUAUCUUAAAAUACCCAUAAUGACCCCCCACCCCCCCCACCCCCCCUUCACACACGCACAAACACAGAGGCACAGGCAACAUACGCCUACACAAUCAUGAUAGUAAUGAUUAGAUGCACAUUUAAUUGAAAUACUGUGUGUGUAAACAGGUUUAUAUAUAUAAAAAAAAAUGUUUUACCACAAAAUAGCUACUCUCAUUAUGGAAUUCUCCACUGAUAGGGAAAGAAAAGUAUUGGAGCCAUUGGGUUCUGGAAUGCUACUCACUUCCAAUGGAACUUAAAUGGAGCCAGGUGAAAGGGUGAGAGAGAGAGACAUAGAGAGACUCAUAGAAAGAGAGAGAGAGAGAGAGAGAGAGAGAGAGAGAGAGAGAGAGACAUGGAGAGAUAGAGAGACAGAGAGAGAGAGAGACAUAGAGAGAGAGAGACAUAGAGCGUGAGCGCAAGUGCACGCAAGAAAGAGUGAGAGAGAGAGAGGGGUGGGGGGUAAAGGGCAGAGCAGGCACCAGCAAGGCUUCAGAUGGCCAUACACAGAGCAGUGGUGCUAGGCCCCUUUGAAGUCCAGGCAGGCAAUGUGUUUUUUCCUCUUUCUUCACUCACACCUCUUCUCUGGUACAGUUAAGAGUAUAGCGAGUGAGGAUCCCAUUCCCUCAGAAGAACAAGUCUGGCCUUUUGAAAUGUGCAGCAAUCCCUAGGCAUGCAGCAGGGGCAAGGGUUCUCCUGCUCUUUUCAAGUUUUCCUGUAAGACAAGACCAAUUCAUUUCACAUUGGCUUGGCACAGCCAUCUCCACCACCACUGACUCUGUUUGACUCAUGGCAGUGGCAAUGGUAACCUCAAUGAGACCUUAUCUGUUGAUGAGAGGUUUCUAUUGAUUGUGAUAGUGGUCUACCGUGUACUAAGAUUGCUGAUAGAAACAUAACUGAGGAGAUGAUGUUAGGUGCUGGUUCUACAUGAUUAGAAUUUAACCAAGACAUGCAUUUUUAGCAACAGUUGCAUUCAGCCAUUGUUAGGUUUCAGAAACAUCUCUUGUAAAAGAAGACAUAAGCAUUAUGUUGUGUGCCUUUUGGAUUGUGGUAGUAUUCAAAUCUUGAAUAGUCUCUAAUUUGAUUAUGUUUCUAACUAUUAUUGAUCUAUAGCAGGAUGUGUUCUUGGAAGGAGAUAUGAUUGAGUACGUUUUUACAGUGUAGACAACCCCUUUCAGAGGAAGAGACUCACAGGAAUCAUGGUAACCUGCUCAGAGAGAAAAUACAUCUGUCUCUCUGGUUCAAUUCAUCUUGGUAAUGUUGUGAGAAACAAAUCAAGUAUAUAUUUCUCACUUAAUAUGUUCCAAAAAACAUGUCAACAUAAAACAUUGUAACUAGGAUCAAUCAAUCACAAUGUAAUUAAACCAUUGUGUUUUAACUGUUUAUAACCCAUUUAUAAAUAAACUAAUAAUGAACAUGCCUGAAGUAGAGUAUGACAGUGAGGGAUAAAGUAGAGUUUUUGUUGAUUAGUUUUAAGUGUCUUUGGUCCUAUAAAUGUACUAUAUAAAUCCAAUAUUUGUAUUAUAUUUUUUACCGUUCCAGUUCAUGGAAUAAUACUAUGCUGGCCGUUGACACUGUAGCAGAAAGUGUUGGACGUUUUAGGCUUUUAGUUUUAUUUACUGCAGUUGUCGAGGUGUUUCUGAAAACUGGCAUUAAAUGAAAAUGCACAUAAGCGUUUAUAGAGGUAUAGCAAUCAGUGACUGUCAACAUCAAGUGCAACCUAGUCUCUGUCUGGGUAAUGCAUAUAUGCUCCACCUCUCUCUCUCUCCAGUGAAGCAGAAGUAGGACUACGUCUAGGUUUUGGUGUGUUAGGCUUUUUAAACAACUUGUCACAUCCUGUACAGAUGUUGGGGUGUGCAUACAUAGAGAAUGCAGUGUCUUGCAGAAACCUCUAAAACCAACUCUUCAGAAGGAACUAACCCAAGUACUUCCUAUACGCUCUGAUGUUUAGAUUGUCAUCACCUCUUGACGGAUAUAGAGAGUAGGGAGCAUGUCAGGGCUCUACAGUGCGACCAUUUUACUCACACGGUUUUAAAAUAAUUUAAGACAUUUUUUAUAUCUCAAAUAUUUUUCCUUGUGCUCCUAAAUUUAUUUUUUAAUUUCCAUUUUUUAAACUUAGGCGCACACGUGCUCCUUGUAAAAAAAAAAAGACUGCGUAGCCGUAGAGCCCUGCAUGUACAGUUGAAGUCGGAAGUUUACAUACACCUUAGCCAAAUACAUUUAAACUCAGUUUUUCACAAUUCCUGACAUUUAAUCCUAGUAAAAAUUCCCUGUCUUAGGUCAGUUAGGAUCACCACUUUAUAUUAAGGUUGUGAGUUGUCAGAAUAAUAAUUGAGAGAAUGACUUAUUUCAGCUUUUAUUUCUUUCAUCACAUUCCCAAGUGGGUCAGAAGUUUACAUACACUCAAUUGCCUUUAAAUUGUUUAACUUGGGUCAAACGUUUCGGGUAGCCUUCCACAAGCUUCCCACAAUAAGUUGGGUGAAUUUUGGCCCAUUCCUCCUGACAGAGCUGGUGUAACUGAGUCAGGUUUGUAGGCCUCCUUGCUCGCACACGCUUUUUCAAUUCUGCCCACACAUUUUCUAUAGGAUUGAGGUCAGGGCUUUGUGAUGGCCACUCCAAUACCUUGACUUUGUUGUCCUUAAGCCAUUUUGCCACAACUUUGGAAGUAUGCUUUGGGUCAUUGUCCAUUUGGAAGACCCAUUUGCGACCAAGCUUUAAAUUCCUGACUGAUGUCUUGAGAUGUUGCUUCAAUAUAUCCACAUCAUUUUCCUUCCUCAUGAUGCCAUCUAUUUUGUGAAAUGCACCAGUCCCUCCUGCAGCAAUGCACCCCCACAGCAUGAUGAUGCCACCCCCGUGCUUCACGGUUGGGAUGGUGUUCUUCGGCUUGCAAGCACCCCCUUUUUCCUCCAAACAUAACAAUGGUCAUUAUGGCCAGAGGACCAGAGGACAUUUCUCCAAAAAGUACGAUCUUUGUCCCCAUGUGCAGUUGCAAACCGUAGUCUGGCUUUUUUAUGGCGGUUUUGGAGCAGUGGCUUCUUCCUUGCUGAGCGGCCUUUCAGGUUAUGUCAAUAUAGGACUCGUUUUACUGUGGAUAUACAGUGAGGGAAAAAAGUAUUUGAUCCCCUGCUGAUUUUGUACGUUUGCCCACUGACAAAGACAUGAUCAGUCUAUAUUUUUAAUGGUAGGUUUAUUUGAACAGUGAGAGACAGAAUAACAACAAAUAGAUCCAGAAAAACGCAUGUCAAAAAUGUUAUAAAUUGAUUUGUAUUUUAAUGAGGGAAAUAAGUAUUUGACCCCUCUGCAAAACAUGACUUAGUACUUGGUGGCAAAACCCAUGUUGGCAAUCACAGAGGUCAGAUGUUUCUUGUAGUUGGCCACCAGGUUUGCACACAUCUCAGGAGGGAUUUUGUCCCACUCCUCUUUGCAGAUCUUCUCCAAGUCAUUAAGGUUUCGAGCCUGACGUUUGGCAACUCGAACCUUCAGCUCCCUCCACAGAUUUUCUAUGGGAUUAAGGUCUGGAGACUGGCUAGGCCACUCCAGGACCUUAAUGUGCUUCUUCUUGAGCCACUCCUUUGUUGCCUUGGCCGUGUGUUUUGGGUCAUUGUCAUGCUGGAAUACCCAUCCACGACCCAUUUUCAAUGCCCUGGCUGAGGGAAGGAGGUUCUCACCCAAGAUUUGACGGUACAUGGCCCCGUCCAUCGUCCCUUUGAUGCGGUGAAGUUGUCCUGUCCCCUUAGCAGAAAAACACCCCCAAAGCAUAAUGUUUCCACCUCCAUGUUUGACGGUGGGGAUGGUGUUCUUGGGGUCAUAGGCAGCAUUCUUCCUCCUCCAAACACGGCGAGUUGAGUUGAUGCCAAAGAGCUCGAUUUUGGUCUCCUCUGACCACAACACUUUCACCCAGUUCUCCUCUGAAUCAUUCAGAUGUUCAUUGGCAAACUUCAGACGGGCCUGUAUAUGUGCUUUCUUGAGCAGGGGGAUCUUGUGGGCGCUACAGGAUUUCAGUCCUUCACGGUGUAGUGUGUUACCAAUUGUUUUUUUGGUGACAAUGGUCCCAGCUGCCUUGAGAUCAUUGACAAGAUCCUCCCGUGUAGUUCUGGGCUGAUUCCUCACCGUUCUCAUGAUCAUUGCAACUCCACGAGGUGAGAUCUUUCAUGGAUCCCCAGGCCGAUGGAGAUUGACAGUACUUUUGUGUUUCUUCCAUUUGCGAAUAAUCGCACCAACUGUUGUCACCUUCUCACCAAGCUGCUUGCCGAUGGUCUUGUAGCCCAUUCCAGCCUUAUGUAGGUCUACAAUCUUGUCCCUGACAUCCUUGGAGAGCUCUUUGGUCUUGGCCAUGGUGGAGAGUUUGGAAUCUGAUUGAUUGAUUGCUUCUGUGGACAGGUGUCUUUUAUACAGGUAACAAGCUGAGAUUAGGAGCACUCCCUUUAAGAGUGUGCUCCUAAUCUCAGCUCGUUACCUGUAUAAAAGACACCUGGGAGCCAGAAAUCUUUCUGAUUGAGAGGGGGUCAAAUACUUAUUUCCCUCCUUAAAAUGCAAAUCAAUUUAUAACAUUUUUGACUUGCGUUUUUUCUGGAUAUUCUUGUUGUUAUUCUGUCUCCCACUGUUCAAAUAAACCUACCAUUAAAAUUAUAGACUGAUAAUUUCUUUGUCAGUGGGCAAACUUACAAAAUCAGCAGGGGAUCAAAUACUUUUUUACCUCACUGUAGAUACUUUUGUACCUGUUUCCUCAAGCAUCUUCACAAGGUCCUUUGCUGUUGUUCUGGGAUUGAUUUGCACUUUUCGCACCAAAGCACGUUCAUCUCUAAGAGACGGAAUGCGUCUCCUUCCUGAGCGGUAUGAUGGCUACGUGGUCCCAUGGUGUUUAUACUUGCGUACCAUUGUUUGUACAGAUGAACGUGGUAGCUUCAGGCGUUUGGAAAUUGCUCCCAAGGCUGAUUUCUUUUGAUUUUCCCAUGAUGUCAAGCAAAGAGGCACUGAGUUUGAAGGUAGGCCUUGAAAUACAUCCACAAGUACACCUCCAAUUGACUCAAAUGAUGUAAAUUAGCCUAUCAGAAGCUUCUAAAGCCAUGACAUCAUUUUCUGGAAUUUUCCAAGCUGUUUAAAGGCACAGUCAACUUAGUGUAUGUAAACUUCUGACCCACUGGAAUUGUGAUAGUGAAUUAUAAGUGAAAUAAUCUGUCUGUAAACAAUUGUUGGAAAAAUUACUUGUGUCAUGCACAAAGUAGAUGUCCUAACCGACUUGCCAAAACUAUAAUUUGUUAACAAGAAAUUUGUGGAGUGGUUGAAAAACUAGUUUUAAUGACUCCAACCUAAGUGUAUGUAAACUUCCGACUUCAACUGUAUGGUGGCAUCCACUCAUAGAAACCUUUGAUUUGAAGUUCAUGCUUUCAGCAAUAAUAUGUUGUUGAAAUAUAUUCUGUGUAUUUUAAUUACUGUGCAGCCAAUAUCUAAAGUCUACUGCUUUACUGAUUCAUCCAAGGCAAACAGUAUAUUAUCAAUCAUAUCUUAUCAAAUAACAUCUGACUAGAUAUUCCUGAGCUGCUGUUUUGUUUUCUAUCUACACAAAGGUUCUCUAUACUGUACCUUGAUCCAGUGGAUGGAGAAUAGGUGCCUAUAAAUAGUGUGAUACUCUCCUUGUGUCCAGCAGCAGCUGUAGACUGGCAUGUUCUCAUCACCGAUGAUCAAGUGUACGUGUGUGGUGACACAAACUGGUCCUGAACUCCUGUCCUGCUGAAUCAGUGGGUGCACUCAAGCAGAAAAGGAUUCUCCCCCUGUGAAUAUGCAGUCACUCUCCAGCUUCUGCUUCACAUCCCCAGGACAACCCCCCUUUUUAUCUCUCUUUCUCUCUAUCCCAUUUCAACGACAAGCCAAUGUUUGUCAUUGAGCUUUGUUUUCCACCCACAUGUUGAAUGAUUGGCAGUCUGGCAAGUACUUCCAGUACAACAAUGACUACAUUUGACGUAAAUACGAUGAUUUAGUUAGAACGUGUACUACCUGUGCCACCACAGUCCUUGUCCUACCAGACAGGUUUCGGCUACAGUCCUAGACAGUAGUGUAGGAGUCACUACACAUGGAAUCAUGGCAUGGCUAGACCAAUCUGUGGCUGCCCUAUCUCAGUCAGGCUCUCUGCCUUUCAGCCUCAGCCAGAGACGUUUCCAGAUAUCAUCCUGCAUUCUCAAUAAUGAAAACCCCUGAACCUCCCCCACAUCUCUGUGGCUCGCCCUUUGGUUUCCCCUCGAUUAGUUCUGAUUUCCUAUAAAAGGCCUCCAUUUAAAUAAGUCUGACAAUAUCAGUGAAGGAAAAGGUCAGCUUUCAGGGUUCUUGUUUUCUAUUUUCUCUCAUGGGGUAGUGGGGUUCCACUCAUGACUCAAACAGCCUGCUGCCAGUUUCUGUUUUCACUUAUAUUAAACACAGACAUGGAAGGAGAAACCUAUCACCUGUUAUGUCCUAGAGGCUAAGGAGCUGCCACAAUACUUGGGUUUCACUGAGAAUUGUGAUUGAUUGUUGCACUGGGCUGUCCAUGAUUCAAGUAGCGAUACUGCUAUCCAACAGUGUGGAGGUUUACUGUAGAAGGAAAAAAUAUCAUCACCCAAUUGGAUUUUGUCUUACCAAGUGUAUGAUGUGUGUAAGGUCUCAUGUGGGUUUUGUCAAUGAAAUCAUUAGUUAACACAUUGCCUAGUACAGAAAUGACAGCUUCUUCCAUCUUGUCACAUAAAAGCAUGCAUAACAAGCACAAACAAAACAGAUUUUAUAACAAUGUCACAACCUAAGGUGGUUUGUUUUCUGAAUACAUUUUAAUGUAUAAUAUAGUGUUCUGGCACAGAUCCUUUGGGUUCCCUAAUGUCUGUCAUUGAAGAGGAGAAGUUAACUCUGUUUUGUCUCAGCAGAGUACAGUUUGUACGCAAAGAUUUAGCAACACCAAUUACCCUGUGUUUAUGUCAAACAGCAGAACCUGCAGUAUCAUAAUGAAGGCAGAUACAGCCUAGUGUAAACUGAUAUCUAUAGUAUAUAUGCCAGGGCAUUGAAGGGCAAGGUUUUUUUUAAAUGUACACAUGGUUAGAAACAGAGAAAUCCACUCCAAUAGAAAGUAAUCCUGUGGUUGUGUUGUGCCAUGCUGCCCCCGUACAUUUAUGUAUUGGUGUGUGUGUGUGUACUGUACAAUAUGUAUGCGUGAGUGUGUUUUUCCUGUUUUUGGACGAACUAUACCCUGUAUUCCCCCACUGUAUUGCCUUGGGGCAGGCUGACCUCCCCGUCACCUCCUCAGUGACUGCCCUGGUGAUCAAAAUCAGUUCACCAAGUAAAGCUCCAGCAAUCAGACGCUGCUUCUGGCCCAUCUUUUAUUAACAGCCAUAUUAAAUAUUCACCUCCACUACACCACCCUGCCCCCCUCUCCUAUCCCCCCACUUUGCCUCUCAGCCCUCUAACCGCACAGAGAAGAAACACACACAGAGCUUUAAAAAAUCCCCUCUCUAUCUUGCUCGCUGUUGUUUCUGACAAAGAUGCCUUGGGAUUGCUUCCGAUUGUAGUACAAUUUGUAGCUAGAAGUAGAUUGAGUCAUUUUGAUGGUAGUGUUGUAAAGCUGUCAAGAAAUGUUAAUCUAUUUGUAUUCCAAUUGUUUGCACUGUAUAUACCCACAUUGGAUUAAAAGUAGUACAACGAUAACACCACACAUUAUAAGGUUAUUACAAAGAGCAAAGAGCAAUACAGUAUCAUGUUUGUGUUACUUAAAGGAAAAUUCCACUCAAACUAUAUUUUGGUAUUUGUUUCAUUAGUCAACUGUCCCAAAACCUUUUUGACUGUAUCAACAGUGGACUAAUAAAACAAAUACCGAAAAAUACAUUUUGAGUGGUAUUUUCCUUUAAAUUAAAUCAUGCCCUAUAAGGAUGUACUACAGUACAUCUCUUUUAUUGUAUUUUAACCAAAUAGAUCUCCCUCUUUUCUCAUCUGACAAUGAUGUAUUUCUCCUCUCUUCUACUCUAGGAGGAUGUUCCCCUUCCUGAGUUUCAACAUCAGCGUUCUGGACCCGUCGGCCCACUACAAUGUGUAUGUGGACGUGGUCCUGGCUGACCAGCACCACUGGAGGUACCAGGGAGGCAAGUGGGUCCAGUGUGGCAAAGCAGAGGGCAACAUGCCAGGUAUGAUUGUAUUAUAAUUAAGCAAUAAGGCCAGAGGGGGUGUGGUAUAUGGCCAAUAUACCAUGGCUAAGGGCUGUUCUUAUGCACAACGCAACGUGAAGUGCCUGGACACAGCCCUUAGCCGUGGUAUAUUGGCCAUAUACCACAAACUCCCGAGGUGCCUUAUUGCAAUGAUAAACGGGUUACCAACUUAAUUAGAACAGUAAAGAGUAAUGUUUUGUCACACUCGUGGUAUACGGCCUGAUAUACCACGGCUUUCAGCCAAUCAGCAUUCAGAACUCGAUCCACCCAGUUUAUAAUAUUGCCACACCACACUCUCUGUCGUCCAUACAGCUCCAAUCAAUGACACACAGUGGUAGAAUGAAUGAAUCCCAAUAAGGUCCAUACAGAACAUCUCCAGAGUAGCCUUGAGAGUUAGAGCAUCAAUUUGAACUCCCAUACAGCGCUGCAGUCAUUGAAAUAGGUCCACCUGUGUCAUAGCAGGUAUUGUGGCUGUGAGGCACCUGACUUAUUACAGUGUAGUGGUAGUUGUGGUAACAUUGCCAUAGUAGCUAUGAUUAUGUAGUAGCGGGUUAGUAGGGCGUUGUGCUGAUGUUAACUGGAGCUGUGAUUGUGUAGUAUGGCAUUUGCUUGUAAAUGAUUUGUGAAGCAUUUAUGUAGGCUUAUGUAGACUUAUAAAGGGCUCAUGAAGGCUUCAUUAACGUUGUUACUAACUCUUUCCCAUAGGGAACAGGAUGUAUAUGCACCCAGACUCUCCCAACACAGGGGCUCACUGGAUGAGGCAGGAGGUGUCAUUUGGCAAGCUCAAGCUCACCAACAACAAGGGCAGCUCCAACAAUGUUGCACAGGUAACAGAUACAGUAUGCUCAGAAACUCAUUUAAAUAUGUCAUCAAAUCCUCAUGUUUUUUGUUGUUGCUUUUUUGCUGUUUGUACGUUUGUUCAGUAGUUUGAAUAUUUACCAAGAUUUUAACCAAAUGAGAUUUUCCAUUGAUGGUGCUUUUGAACGUAUUUCAUGGUCGUCAUAGUAGGGGUGCUGAGGGUGCUACAGCACCCCCCCCCACCCCCCCACCCCACCCAAAAAAAAUAUAUACACUACCGGUAAAAAGUUUUAGAACACCUACCCAUUCAAGGGUUUUUCUUUCUUUAUUUCCUUCUUAAUGCUUUUCAGCCAAGCAGUUGUGUUGUGACAAGGUAGGGGGGUAUACAGAAGAUUUCCCUAUUUGGUAAAAGACCAAGUCCGUAUUAUGGCAAGAACAGCUCAAAUAAGCAAAGAGAAAUUACAGUCCAUCAUUACUUUAAGACAUGAAGGUCAGUCAAUACGGAAAAUGUCAAGAACAUUGAACGUUUCUUGAAGUGCAGUCGCAAAAACCUUCAAGUGCUUUGAUGAAACUGGCUGUCAUGAGGACCGCCACAGGAAUGGAAGACCCAGAGGUACCUCUGCUGCAGAGGAUAAGUUCAUUAAAGUUACCAGCCUCAGAAAUUGCAGCCCAAAUAAAUGCUUCACAGAGUUCAAGUAACAGACACAUCUCAACAUCAACUGUUCAGAGGAGACUGUGUGAUCAGAAGAGACUGUGUGAAUCAGGCCUUCAUGGUCGAAUUGCUGCAAAGAAACCACUACUAAAGGACACCAAUAAUAAGAAGAGACUUGCAUGGGCCAAGAAACACGAGCAAUGGACAUUAGACCAGUGGAAAUUUGUCCUUUGGUCUGGAGUCCAAAUUGGAGAUUUUCUGUUCCAACCGCCGUGUCUUUGUGAGAUGCGGUGUGGGUGAACGGAUGAUCUCCGGAUGUGUAUUUCCCACUGUAAAGCAUGAAGGAGGAGGUGUUAUGGUGUGGGGGUGCUUUGCUGGUGACACUGUCUGUGAUUUAUUUAGAAUUCAAGGCACACUUAACCAGCAUGGCUACCACUGCAUUCUACAGUGAUACGCCAUCCCAUCUGGUUUGGGCUUAGUGGGACUAUCAUUUAAUUUUCAACAGGACAAUGACCCAACACACCUUCAGGCUGUGUAAGGGCUAUUUUACCAAGAAGGAGAGUGAUGGAGUGCUGCAUCAGAUGACCUGGCCUCCACUAUCACCCGACAAAUUGAGAUGGUUUGGGAUGAGUCGGACCGCAGAGUGAAGGAAAAGCAGCCAACAAGUGCUCAGCAUAUGUGGGAACUCCUUCAAGACUGUUGGAAAAGCAUUCCAGGUGAAGCUGGUUGAGAGAAUGCCAAGAGUGUGCAAAGCUGUCAUCAAGGCAAAUAUAAAUGGCUAUAUAAAAUAUAUUUUUUGAUUUGUUUAAGACUUUUUUUGGUUACUACAUGAUUCCAUAUAUAUUAUUUCAUAGUUUUGAUGUCUUCACUAUUAUUCUACAAUGUAGAAAAUAGUAAAAAUAAAGAAAAACCCUUGAAUCAGUAGGUGUGUCCAAACUUUUGGCUGGUACUCUGUAUAUAUAUAUAUAUAUUCUCACAAAUGUAGUGCACUGGGCCUUUACUAGUCCUCUAUUAGCGGACAGAAAUAGCCGUUUGUAGCGUGGGCAACACAAAGUGGGGAGCCAGCCCGCUCCCCACUUUGACCCAAAAUUCUCAGCACCUCCCCCGUCGGCAAAGAAUAUCGCAGCUCCCCCACCCCCAAACUACUUCCUGAGGCCACGAUGAUCGUAAAGCCCUUCUAUAACUAACUCUCCAGUGCUGUUCCCUCCUAGAUGAUCGUACUGCAGUCGCUCCAUAAGUACCAGCCACGGCUGCACAUCGUAGAGGUGAAGGACGAUGAUUCUGAGGACCCCUUUCUCACCACCAAGGCCCAGACCUUCGUCUUCCCGGAGAACCAAUUCAUCGCUGUCACAGCCUAUCAAAAUGCAGACGUGAGUCACCUCACCUGACCUCAACAGCUCAUUGGGCAUGCCCUUUUCCAUAGCAUUAUCAUAGACAAUUAUAACUUCAUUAGGAAUAGAAGUAUACUCACACUAGGGUGCCAAAGAAGAAGUCUUUCUGACGAUAAGAAAAUAAACUGUGUGUAACCCUCAUUAAUUAUUUCAUGCAGUCAGUGAUCUCUCUCUCUCUCCCUCCCUCUCUCUCUCUCUUUUUCCUAUGCGUCUGCGCUCUCACUCUCUCUCUCUCCAACGAUCUGUCUGUCCUAUCCUUGCCCCCUCUCCCAUCCUGUCUCCUGCUAUUUCUUACACAGAUCACUCAGCUGAAAAUAGACCAUAACCCCUUUGCUAAAGGUUUCCGGGACAGUUAUGACACGUGAGUAUGCUAGAAAAUAACUGAAUUAAUAAAGAGAAAGCAAAACCCUGCUCUCCAGAGGGGGCUCUGGUCUUGAAUGAGAACGUUUGAACUUUUAAACCUGUUCUAUGUCUAUACAAGCAGGCGCUGAGGCACAGUGCUCACACACACUCAGUCCUACCGUAUCAACACUAGAUAUCUCCAACUAAUAUUUAAUGUAAAAUUGCUAACGCUAGUAGGUUUAUGUAUUUCUAUCUCACAAAGAUGUGUUGAUAUGAGGAGGCGUGAGAACCCUGUUGAGAGAUAUUUUUGGCUUUGCCAGGAAGUAACACCUCUUCUUGUUAUAUGCCUCCUCCCCUGUUCCCCUGCCUAGGCUGUAUGCACCGCCUGACACAGACCGCCUCACCCCUUCCCCCACCGAGGGCCAGCAGCUCUUGGUGGGGUCCUGCUACACCCAGGGGUACCUGACGGACCAGUACAUGAACCCCCUGCCUCAGAGCCGAUUCUACAGCCGGGAGCACAUGGCAGCCAUGGGCCAGCAGUCCAAAGACCCCUCAGCCAGCCCCCACAGCCGCUGGUACCUCUCCCCCCAGCAGAGUGUCACCUCCAACCGGCUGGACUUCAACACAUACGAGGGCGACUUCUCCAGCAACAGCUUCUACAAGCCCUUCCCCCUGCAGACGUCGGCCCAACACGCACUGGGCUACUACGAGGACAGCCCCUUCGCCUCUGCCAGCGUAUCCGUCUCGGGAGCCUCCUCGGCGGCCUGGAGCGCCGGCCGGCCCUCCCCUCAGUACCUCAACCACCCCCACCCUGGUAAAGCCGGCCCCAGUCUAGGCUGGUUCAGGCCCAUGUCCUCUACCAACUCCUCCUCUUCCUCUUCAGGUCACCACAGGCUCCACCCCCCAUCCCUGCUGGAGCCGCUCCGCCCCCCACCCCCGCUACAGGACAAGCCCAAAGAGGCGGGGGGAGAGGACCUGUGGCUGGAACCCCCCUCAGUCAAAUCGGUGGACUCGGCCGACUCCGGCUUGUUCGAGAGCGGGGCGGAGAGCAAGAAGCGGCGAGUGUCGCCCUACGCCUCUAGCACGGAGAACUCGCCAUCCACCCGCAGUGCAGAGGUCUGUGAAAAGGACAGCUGUAGUGAUGCCGGCUACUACGGCUUUUACACCCACCACGUAAAUACGCUCUCCUAG